CAAAUAUACAAUAGCUAUUAUUACUAACCUUAUUAAAAACUAUUCGCCAGUCGAAUAAAAUUAUUAAUCCAUGCCCACCUAAUCUAUUCCUCACACAAUUUAAUUAUUUAUUAAUUAAUAAUAUUUGACUCGGACUAUCAGCAACAAAAAAACGCACGAAGCUCAGCGGCCCCCAAAUUAGCUAACACUCACAUAUCGUACGAAAAACCUUCGAGCAAUCAAUGCCGGCCGAUCGUACCAGCGUCCGCAUCGUCGUCGUCGGCGAUCGCGCCACCGGAAAAUCCAGCCUGAUCGCGGCCGCCGCCGACGAGAACUUCCGCCCGGAUGUCCCGCCGGUCCUCCCUCCGACUCGCCUCCCCCCCGACUACUAUCCGGAUAACGUCCCGAUCGUUAUCAUCGACACCUCGUCCAGUUUGGAGAACAGAGGGAAGCUCGCUGAGGAAUUGAAGCGUGCUGAUGCGGUGGUGGUAACGUAUGCGUGCGAUCAGCCUUCGACGCUGAAUCGCGUCAGCUCGUUUUGGCUUCAUGAGCUUCGCAGAUUAGAGAUCAAGGCGCCAGUGAUCGUGGCUGGUUGCAGGCUUGACCGGAGAAAUGAGGAAUUCAAUUUGAGCGUUGAAAUGGUGCCGCUCAUGCAUCAGUUUAGAGAGAUUGAAACUUGCAUAGAAUGUUCGGCAGCUAACUUGCUUCAGAUUCAAGAAGUAUUCUACUUUGCACAAAAGGCAGUCCUUCACCCAACAGCCCCAUUGUUUGAUCAGGAAACCCAAGCUUUAAAACCUCAAUGUAUGAGAGCACUGAAGAGGAUAUUCAUUCUUUGUGAUCAUGAUAUGGAUUGUGCUCUUAAUGAUGAAGAGCUCAACGCAUUUCAGGUUAUGUGUUUCAAUGCUCCUCUGCAACCUGCUGAAAUAGAUGGUGUUAAAACUGUGGUUCAAGAGAAGUUGCCUGAAGGAGUUAAUGAACGUGGCCUUACCCUAACAGGUUUCCUGUUUCUUCAUGCUCUUUUUAUAGAGAAGGGCCGAAUAGAGACCACAUGGGCUGUUUUGAGAAAAUUUGGGUACAAUGAUGAGCUAAAACUCAGGGAUGAUUACUUAUCAGUUGCCAACAAGAAGGCUCCAGAUCAGAGUGUUGAAUUGACAAGUGAAGCGAUAGAGUUUCUAAAAGGAAUCUUCAGCACGUUCGAUGAUGAUAAAGACGGAGUUCUUAGCGAGACUGAGCUUGAAGAUCUAUUUUCAACUGCACCAGAGAGUCCCUGGAACGAAGCUCCUUAUAAGGAUGCGGUCGAGAGAACUCCAUUGCGUGGAUUAUCUCUUUCAGGAUUUCUAUCAGAGUGGGCUCUUAUGACAUCUCUGGAUCCAGUUCAAAGUGUAGCAAACUUAAUAUAUGUUGGCCACAAUUGCAAUGCAUCAUCAGCUCUACACAUCACUAGGAGAAGAUCAUUAGAUAAAAAGAAGCAACAAACUGAAAGAAAUGUUUUCCAGUGCUAUGUUUUCGGACCUAGCAAAGCUGGGAAGUCUGCACUGUUAAUGUCGAUGCUGGGAAGGCCUUUCUCUGAGAACUAUACUCCGACAACUGAUGAGCAAUAUGCUGUUAAUGUCAUUGAUCAACGUUCGGGUAAUAAGAAAACUCUUAUACUUCGGGAGAUUCCAGAAGAUGGAGCUAAGAGACUCUUAUCCAAUAAGGAAUAUCUGGCUGCUUGUGAUGUAGCUGUUUUCGUGUAUGACAGCUCAAAUGAAUACUCUUUUAAAGGGGCGACAGAAUUGCUCUCGCUCGUUGCCAGGCAAGGGGAAGAAAGUGGUUUUGGGAUGCCUUGUCUCCUCGUUGCAGCUAAGAACGAUCUCGACUCUAAUGCAAAAGUGAACAUAGACUCCGCAAAGAUUUGUCUGAAUAUGGGCAUUGAUGCACCUAUUCCCGUGAGCGUGAAGGAUAAAGAUUUGAAUGGCGUGUUCUCCAGAAUUGUAAAUGCUGCCGAGCACCCUCACUUGAGCAUACCCGAGACAGAUGUUGGCCGCAGCCAGAAGCGGUACCGCCAGCUUGUCACACAUACCAUCAUGUGUCUCUCAGUGGGGGCUGCUGCUACAUUCGUUGGGCUGGCAGUUUACCGGGCAUACGCUGCAAGAAAGAACAACUCCAUUUUUGGUGUUGGGAAAAUAUCCUUGCGCGAGGAUCUUAGGUUUUCCUGCGAAAGACUGCUUAAAUGA